CUCACUAAGUCACUAUAUAUAUAAUGAGCUGGCAUUCAUAUAUAUGCACAACUUAUUCUGUGUAAGGAAACAAAAAAAUUUGAUCAUGACAACGUACAGGAUCUGCUGCUGCUUCUGGCGCCGGUACAAGCCGGCGUCGGACGAGCCGCCGGAGGCGAUAAAGGCCGUGUUUGCGAAGUAUGCGGAUCAGAGCGGCACGAUGGGGGUCGAGCAGCUGCGGCGGUUCAUGGUGGAGGUGCAGGGGGAGGCUGUCGAGAGCGCGGAGGCCGCGGCCCGCGACGUGCUCGACGGCUUCAGGCACUUCAGGAGGAAGGGACUCUCACUCGACAGCUUCUUCAAUUACCUCGCCGGUAACGAAAACACCGCCUUGUACUCCACUUCCCUCGUUCACCAAGAUAUGGGGGCUCCCUUGUCACACUAUUUCAUAUACACAAGCCAUAACUCCUACUUAACUGGGAAUCAACUAAACAGUGAUUCAAGUGAUGUCCCCAUUGUGAAGGCCCUCCAAAGGGGAGUUAGAGUGAUUGAAUUGGACAUGUGGCCUAAUGAAAACAAUGAUGAUAUUAGUAUUCUUCAUGGGAGGACUCUGACUACACCAGUUGGCCUCAUGAAAUGUUUGAAAUCCAUUAGAGAGCAUGCUUUUGCUGCAUCUCCCUACCCUGUUAUAAUCACUCUUGAAGAUCAUCUUCCUCCAGAUCUCCAAGCUAAAGCAGCUAAGAUGAUACAUGAAACUUUCGGAGAAAUGCUGUUUCUUCCAAAGUCAGACUCCUUAAGAGAGUUUCCCUCACCUGAAGAGCUAAAGAUGAAGAUCAUCAUAUCGACGAAACCGCCAAAAGAGUUUCGCGAGACUAGGUCUACGAAAGAAAGAGAAGAUGAAGCACAAAAAGAAGCUGAAGAGGGAGCAUGGGGUAAAGAUGUCCCGGAUCUCGACGCUGAACUCAGUGCUAUUAGUAAGAUUGAUGAGCACGAAGCGAGCAAACGCUUUCACGAGGAGGAGGAAGAAGAUACCGAAGGAGUCGAGCAGAGACCACGGCAACGAACCGUAGCUCCCGAGUACAAAAGUCUCAUUGCAAUUACCGCGAAAAAGAAAAAGGGCGGACUAAGUGAUGCUUUGAAGAUUGAUCCUCACAGAGUUACGCGUCUUAGCUUAAGCGAGCAAGUGUUUAUAAAGGCCACAGUUUCUCAUGGAACUGAAAUCGUAAGGUUCACACAAAGAAAUUUAUUGAGGAUUUACCCGCGAGGCACGCGCUUUACCUCCUCGAAUUACAAUCCAGUUCCUGGGUGGAUUCAUGGAGCUCAAAUGGUUGCAUUGAAUAUGCAGGGAUAUGGGAGGGCGCUUUGGCUAAUGCAUGGCAUGUUCAGAGCCAAUGGAGGGUGUGGUUAUGUGAAGAAACCAGAUUUGCUAUUAAAUUCGGACCCAGAUCGCAUUUUUGAUCCUAAAUCGACAUUGCGGAUCAAGAAGACCCUAAAGGUGAGGGUGUACAUGGGAGACGGAUGGCGAUUCGAUUUUCAUCAGAGACACUUCGACCAGUAUUCUCCGCCCGACUUUUAUACGAGGGUGGGGAUAGCAGGAGUGCCGGUCGAUACAACGAUGAAGAGAACACGAGCAAUAGAGGAUAACUGGACCCCGAUGUGGGACGAAGAGUUCAUGUUCCCGCUUUCCGUUCCCGAACUAGCUUUACUUCGUAUCGAAGUCCACGAAUACGACAUGUCCGACAAGGACGACUUUGGCGGCCAAACAUGCCUGCCUGUCUGGGAGCUGAGGUCAGGGAUUCGAAGCGUCCGACUCUACGACCAGAAGGGAGAGCUGCUGCCGUCGGUUAAGCUGCUGAUGCAAUUCGAGUUCAUCUGAUCUGCUUUAUUGAUUUUUACAGUUGGUGUGUGAUAUGCAUGUAUAUAUCCGAUGUAUUCGACUUCGUAGUGUUGUUCUUGAAGCUGCCAUUGUAUAAUGUGUAUACUGCUAAAGAUGGUUAAAUUGUUUUAUCAUGUGUGUGACACAUGCAUUAAUAUC